AUUGGCAAGAAGAAGAAAAUCCAACAUAUAAUUUCCGGCUGAUGAGUUAAAAAGAAUUUCGAAAUUGAAAAGAUAAUUAUACGAACACAAAGAACUCGCGGGAGAAGGAAGGUUACUUUGACGAUUUGAGUGAAUUAAUUGUGGGAGUCGAGGAUCAAGUUCCCAUGCUCAAAUCAACAAUUAACAAAGUAAAUCAUUACACUAAUCCCCAUUUCUACCAUUUUCAAAUCCCUUCUCUAUAUAUGGAAAAUCAAGAAUUAUAUCUCCACAAAGAGAUCAAGAAAUGGAAGCAGAACAGCAAAUCAAGGCCAAAGGUAAAGGCAAAAGCAAAGGCAAAGGCAAAGGCAAAGAGGUUGAAAAAGAAGAAGCAGCGGAGAAGGGAGAAAAGGAAAGGAAAGCAGCUGAAACGAAAUCCAGCAGGGCGGGAUUACAGUUUCCUGUUGGCAGGAUAUCGAGGUAUUUAAAGAAAGGUCGGUAUGGUUCAAGAAUCGGAGUUGGUGCUGCUGUUUACAUGGCCGCUGUACUCGAGUACUUAGCUGCGGAGGUGUUGGAGUUGGCUGGUAAUGCUGCUGCGGAUAACAAGAAGAGACGAAUUACCCCAAGACAUCUCAUGCUUGCUGUGCAGAGUGAUGAAGAACUUCAGAACUUGAUGAGUGAUGUCACUUUUCCUAGUUGUGGUGUGGUGCCUCACAUACCUCUGCCUCUUUUUCCUAAGAAGAGCAAUCAAUCCAAUUCUUUUAACCAGCCCUGAACCAUGUUCACCUUAUCAUUGGCCAUUGCCAAUUGGUAACUAAAUGUCUUCUGUUGCUUUUCCUUAUUUCUUGUUUUUUCUUCUGUUCCCAUGGGUUACCUUUUGUUAUUAUUGCAACCAGUUUUUAUGUUGGAAA